AGCAGAUUUAGCAGAAGGAGAAGAUUCUUCUGCAGGAGCGUCGCAGUGAAAGACUGCUGCCUGCUAGCAAUCAAAAUGCCGGUCAUAAAUGUAGAAGAUCUGACCGACAAAGACAAAGCUUUGAUGGAAGUGAACCAACUUAAGACUGAAGUGAAACUUCAGCGGUGGAUGACAUCAAAAUGCUGCGAGGAGAUCAAGGACUACAUUCAGGCCGGAGUGGAUGAGGACACUCUUGUCAAGGGCAUUUCAGAGGAGAAGAACCCCUUUAAGGAAAAAGGUGGUUGCGUCCUUUGUUAGACUGAACAUGAAGAGUUCUUCAUAUCUACGAUUAGACGCCAAGGACAUUUUCUUGCCCUCACAAAAUGGAUUUGCAGACUGAGAAACUAGAAGGGCAGAAGAAGUGACACAACUUCCUUGUAAAUGACAUUCCCCGGCUUUGACAGAAUUAUAGAUUUUUUUUUUUCAUAAGCGAAUAUCUGACAGUUACCCUCCAAUAAAUAUGCUUCUUAAUAACUGAACUUGACUCGAU